UUCUUUUUUUUUUGUUCAAACUGAAAACUUCAUUAAUAAAUUAAACAGGGUUUAAAGCCCAUAGGGCUUAUUUAGCAGCCCAAUCUACUCUAGAGUUUUCUGAUCUUGGAAUAAAAGAGAAGUUAAUAGACUUGAAUGAAAGCGAAAAAAGGUAGAUAUCACACAACGCUCCGUAGAUCUCUAGCUUCUUCUCCUGCUUGUUGAGUGUGUUGAUCAGGAUUUGAGAGUCUGAGAGCACCGAGAUCGUAUCGAGGCCGCGGGAGAGAGGAAAUUUCAUGGCUGUCAGGACGGCCAAGGUUUCUGCCAGAAGGGGCGAGGAGACAGAGGUCAUACUCACUGCAUGUAGAGAUGUCGAAACCAGAUCAUCAAGUAUCCAACCAAAUCCUGCAUCACCUGUUGAGGGAUUCCAGGCGGCAUCUGUGAAGAUCGAGAAAUUGCCUGCAGAUCUAGGGUUUGGUUCGACUCUGAUCAAAGGGGUUGAGGCUCGAUUUUCAAACAGGAGUAAGUUUCUCGAGCGCCAUAAAGACUACACAAUCCAAGCUGUAAGUGUCCCUGGUCCGAUACCCACCGGAGGAAGGGAAGGGAGCUUUUGGGAUUUGUCCCAUCCCUCAUGGAAGGUAGCAAAGUCAGAUGGGUUUAGAUCUCCUGUCAGAGGGGCCAAUUUCUACACUUUCAACGCAAAAGGGCAAUUGAAGAGGAGAUGAGUCACAGACUCUACUUCAUUGCAUCUCUUACAAAGCGUAGAGAUCGGUAUGUUUCGGAUCGCAAACUGUUCUCCUACUGGGAGAGCUCUAUGUAGGGAUUUCCAUAGAAACACAUUGAUCUUCUGUGCGGCUUUGAUAUUCCAAACAUUUGGGAGCCACUCUAUUGAGUUUGUAAGAUCAUGGGGGUUUACAUCAGCGUUUGCUUCUGCGAGGGCUAGGUACCCUGAGCGUGUUGAGUAUUCUCCAGAGGGAUUUUUGAGACAAUAAAGACUUCUUCUAUAUCAUGAAGUCUGGUAUGAGGAUUUCUUUGUCUGAUUUGUAUUGUGUAUUUUCAGAUUCUAUGGACCUUCUUUGUUGUUCAUGCCAUCUUUCUUUUUUAGCAUUUUUUAAAAAAGGUAGUAAUUGGAUUUUUAGCAUGUUCUACCAUUAACUGGGGCUCGCUCCUCUCAGAUAACUCUUCAGAUUUUGAAGAUUCUGGUGUAAAGUCUUUUGGAGUUUUCCUCUCUAAAGAAACAGAUGAUUGUUUCCCUUUUGUGA